GACCCUACCUUCAUCUUCUUCGUAAGCUGUUUUGUCUCUCUCCUGUCGUUGCACCUCGUAACUCAUUAACCUCUGACCAGUUUGGUUGUCAACCGUAAAUGGCUGCAGCCUGAGAACCACUUCGAUCGUCCUUUAUAUUCUCUGCCCUCUUCUGGGUCUUGUUUAUUUCAAAGUAAAGAAUUUCAGUUGUAAAUUAAUCUGAAGUAGUAUGGAACAACUAAAGGAGGCUGCUAGCGAUGGUGGCCGUGCAGAGGAUCAUGAACAGAGGGGUAUAUUGAGAACAGGCAGAGAUUAUGAGAGGAGAAUGUACUUGUUAUGGCAAGAUCUUACUGUUGUAAUUCCAAACUUCGGGAAUGGACAUAGCAGAAGAUUGCUUGAUGGGCUCAGUGGUUUUGCUGAGCCUGGCAGGAUCAUGGCUAUUAUGGGUCCUUCUGGUUCUGGGAAAUCCACCCUUCUUGAUUCUUUAGCAGGCAGGCUGUCAGGAAAUGUUGUCAUGACUGGAAAUGUUCUCCUCAAUGGGAAGAAAAAGAGACUAGACUAUGGUGUUCUUGCUUAUGUAACCCAAGAGGAUAUAAUGCUGGGAACAUUAACAGUGAGAGAAACCUUAAAAUACUCAGCCCAUCUGAGGCUUCCAACUACCAUGACCAAAGAAGAGAUUAAUGUCAUUGUGGAGGGAACAAUCACAGAAAUGGGUCUCCAAGAUUGCGCAGACAGAUUAAUUGGAAACUGGCAUUUAAGAGGUAUAAGUGGAGGGGAGAAAAAGAGACUAAGCAUUGCCAUUGAAAUCCUCACAAGGCCAUGCCUCUUGUUUCUUGAUGAACCAACCAGUGGCCUUGACAGUGCCUCGGCUUUCUUUGUUGUUCAAACUCUGAGAAGAAUUGCUCAUGAUGGCAGAACUGUCAUCUCUUCCAUUCAUCAGCCAAGUAGUGAGGUUUUUGCACUCUUUGAUGAUCUGUUUCUUCUUUCUGGUGGCCAAACAGUAUAUUUUGGAGCAGCAAAGUUGGCCAUUGAGUUCUUUGACAAAGCUGGAUUUCCAUGCCCAAGUCGAAGAAAUCCCUCUGAUCACUUCCUCCGUUGUAUAAAUUCAGACUUCGAUGUAGUGACGAUGUCUUUGUUGGAAUCUCACAGAAUACGUGGAGUCCAGAACUCAUCAGAUCCUUUGAUGAACUUAGCAGCAGUAGAGAUCAAAGCAAAGCUUGUCGAGAAAUACAGGUGCUCAGAGUAUGCAACAAGGGCAAGAAUGAGGAUUCAACAAAUUUUAUCCAUUGAAGGACUUGCAAUUGAGAGAAAAAGUGGAAGCCAAGCCAAACUAUGGAAGCAACUCUCAACAUUGACACACAGAUCUUUUGUGAAUAUGUAUAGAGAUGUAGGGUAUUACUGGUUAAGGAUCAUAAUCUACAUAACCUUAUCUAUAUGCGUCGGUAGCAUCUUCUUCGAUGUCGGAACAAGCUAUACCUCAAUCUUGGCUCGCGGAGCAUGCGGCGGAUUUGUGGCGGGCUUUAUGACAUUCAUGUCAAUUGGAGGUUUUCCAUCCUUUCUCGAAGAAAUGAAGGUUUUCUAUAGAGAGAGGCUGAAUGGGCAUUAUGGGAUUGCUGUGUACAUUCUGUCCAAUUUCCUCUCUUCUCUCCCAUUUGUGGCUGUGAUGUCAAUAGCUACAGCAGCUAUUACUUACUAUAUGGUGAAAUCCCGGCCUGAAUUUUCUCCUUUUGUGUAUAUCUGCCUUGAUCUCAUCAGCUCUAUUGCAGUAAUUGAGAGCACCAUGAUGAUUAUAGCUUCACUUGUUCCUAAUUUCUUGAUGGGGGUCAUAGUAGGAGCCGGAUACAUAGGGAUUAUGAUGAUGACCUCUGGGUUCUUCCGGUUGAUCCCUGAUCUUCCCAAGGUUUUCUGGCGAUACCCAAUUUCGUACAUCAAUUAUGGUGCUUGGGCCUUACAGGGAGCAUACAAGAACGAUAUGAUCGGCCUCGAGUUUGAUUCUUUUGCACCUGGAGAACCCAAACUAAAAGGCGAGGUUGUCCUCACUAGCAUGCUUGGUGUUCAACUGAAUCAUUCAAAAUGGUGGGACUUAGGAGCUGUUGUAGUCAUUCUUCUAUCUUUGAGACUACUUUUCUUUGCCAUCCUCAAGUUUAAGGAGAAAGCUUCACCCCGUUUUCGAUCUCUUUACACGAAGCGAACUCUGCAACAUCUCAACAAGAGGCCUUCGUUCAGGAAAACGCCAUCUUUCCCUUCCAAAAGGCACCAACCUCUCCAUUCUCUGUCUUCACAAGAGGGUCUCAACUCCCCCAUAUAUUAGCAGCAGAAAAAACACUGAACAAGUCAAUAUGAUAGUGAGAUGUGGAUCAGUGAACAUUGCAGCAAUAUAAAGACUAACAGAAGAAGAGUUGAAGCCGUUUUAUUUUUCCAAACAAUUCAAAAUUUGCACUAGUAAAAUGAUUUUCAUUGCAUACAUUAGCUUUUAUUUGCUGAUGUACUCACCAGGAGGGGGAAAAACAUCUCAUCCUCCCAUGUUUUUCUGACUUGCACUCCAUUGAGCAACUCAAUAUAGUCAUAUAUUAUACCACCUAAAUAAACCUAGUGCCUAGUGGCACUAAUAAACCACAAACACUCCCUCGUGUAU